UAUCUAUCUAUCUAUCUAUCUAUCUAUCUAUCUAUCUAUCCAUCCUAUUUCCUACCUAAUACUGUAGUAUUAGUUACUAUCUGGCUCUUCUUCUGGGAUUGUAUUGUCCUUUGCUCACAGAAGUGUUAGCAGAAAUCCUGCAGCAUCAGAGGUUAUGUGUGAAAACUCAUUUACAUAAUAAAUGCUCCAUUAGUAUUUGUGUAUUGUCCGCACUAGGAGGUGUCAGUGGUUGAGGUGUGUACGGAAGAUCAAGGGAAGAGACAUCAUUUUUGUCACUCUUUAGAAAACAUCAAGGGAAGGUCCACUUUGUUCUCCAGAGCUGCCUUCAUCCAGUCCAUAUAUAAGAUGGCCAUGGAUCCUCAUUCUGUCAUUGCACUUAGUGGGCAGCCAUGGACUCAGAGCUUGACCAGGUCCUCUCCACCAUUCUCUCUCUAGAAGAAGACUAUCCAGCAAUGUCUCCUACCUUGGUGGACCAGUGCCACCCACCCGCAUCCAAUACCAUGCACUUAUUUCCUGGUUUCUUCUGUUGCACGGAAGCUCAACAAGAUCUACAAUGCUCUCUUACCCUGAGGGAAUCUCUACUGGAGAUUUACAAUCUGGUAAGAAUCCAGCAGCAGGCACAAGUAGGGAAGAAACUGGAUCCGAAAAAGCCAUCAAAGAUAGUGAAGAUACCGUCAUCAUCAUCAACCUUCAACUAUGUACCCAAUGAAGAGAUUCCAACCACAGCUAAGCGAAAAUUCAACGGACAAGAAAAUCCAGUUUAUAAGAAGGCCAGGAUGGAAGAGGAUGAGAUGUGGACAACUGCCUCCAAGAACAGAGGAAUAAAGAGGACGAACUACAAUAAAGAACAGAUCGCCUGCCUCACCAGCGAGUUUGAGCGGAAUCCGUAUCCAGAUUUUACCAGCAGAUGUCGGAUUGGUCGUCUGACUGGAAUUUCAGAACCAAGAAUACAGAUUUGGUUUCAGAACAGAAGAGCAAGACAUCUUCUAAAACCAAGCAAAUCUACACAUGAAGCUCAAAAUGGGAAUUUCCCAGCCACAGAAAAGACCUGGAAUGGUUACAAUGAGAAUCCCCCCAUUCUACAGCUCUAUGGAGCAGCACCCUCUGCAGACCCCUCCUGGAUACUGUCAGACAUGGCGUCAGUGCUGUAUUAAACCGCCAGUCCAGCUGAGACAUUACACUGCCAUGCAGGCACUUACUGAAGGCAGAACCCGACUUCCUUUAUUCAUGGGGUUAAUAGUUGUUGCUGCUUCUGGAAAUACUA